AUGUCAGAUGCUGAUUCAACUGAUGCACUAAGAUGCCGAUGUUCAACAAAUAAUGUAGGAGAAAAUCUUAAUAUAAAUGGAUAUAAUGAAUGUGGUUCAAUUUGUGCAACAAAUUUACCUACUGAUUAUUAUACCUCAACAUCUCCAAUAUCAAUGAGUUCAGUUUCAAUACAACUACUUUUCUAUGGUCGAUCAUCAUCUGAUCAUUGUUUAACACCUCCAAUAAUUAUUAGUGUUAGAUCAAAUUUAGCAUAUAUUGGUACUCAAAUUUCUUUACUAACAAAUGAAACAGUAAUAGCACAAGUUAAUAGUCCAUAUAAAACACUAAUUAAUUUUACAACAAGUUUACCGGUUGGAGUGACAAAAAGUGCUAUUAUAAAUUCUAGUACAGUUGCUGUUAAUCGACUAGGACGAAAUGGAACAUGGAUAUAUUUUAAUGAUGCAACAAUGGAUAAUACAGUUGUAUUAAAAUAUGAUUGUGGUUUGUCUCUUAAUCCAUUAGGUACAACAACACCUGUACCUAAUUUAACAACAACUUCUUCAACAACAUACAUAACAACAUAUAAUGUAUUUUAG